AAUCUACACGAGUUUUUUCAAUCUUUACGCCAAGAACUAGUGUACAAUGGCAUGAAAUUGAUUCUGUUUUGAUUGGACAACAUUUGACACCAGAGGUUGAAAAAACAGGACGUUCGAAGAUAGCUGCUUUUGAUUUGGAUGACACUUUAAUAACCAUAAAUGGAUCCCAUAAGUAUCCAAAAGAUGAAAACGAUUGGAAAUGGUGGAGUAAAAUUGUUCCCAAGAAAAUUAAACAAAUAUAUGAAGAAGGUUAUAAGGUUGUUAUAAUAUCUAACCAAGGUAGUUUCGAAAGUUCAAAAAAGACUAGCGAAAAAAAAAGAAAAGAUUUCAUGAAUAAAAUUAAUCAUAUGGCCAACAACUUAAAUAUACCUUUCGAGGUUUAUGUUGCAACUGCGAGAGAUAAAUAUCGAAAACCGAUGAUUGGAAUAUGGAAUUACAUUAUAGAACACGGGAACGAUGGAGUUGACAUUG